GUGAAUUGGAGGGGGUCAUGCGCAGCAACACAAAGGACAAUAGGCUUCAUGGCCGAUGUGACCAGCUGUAGGGUUUACUGGUCAACAUGCAUACAAUCACCGACAUACAGUCGCAGGAAAAAGUAUGUGAACGCUUUGGAAUUACCUGGAUUUCUGCAUAAAUUGGCCACAAAAUGGAAACAAACACAGACCUGGUUUCAAAAAAUGUGGACCUCACUAAUUUCCAAACCCUGGUUGCGACCCUGUGUUUAACUCUACGUCUUCAGUCCAAUGGAUCAUUUAUUGCAACUUUGUUACUGGUUCAAACUGAAGAAAACAAACUGUAAUGUUUGAUGGUUGUUUUUCUCUCCUCUGACCUAAAGACACAGUGCUUGACGAUGAUGUCCAUGAAGAUGUGGUAUCUCUUGCUCCUCGCUGCCUUCCUGCCCAUUGUUCCCACAGUGGCUGAAGUGGUGAAGUCGGUGUCCGACUGUGACCAGUUUCUCUUUGAAGCAAAGCCACCUCGGGUCCCAGGCAUCUUGGAAGGCGGGAAAAUUCUGAAUCAGACCCGAUACAAAGUCAUAUGUCAGACUUAUAAAGAUGAGAGAAAGUUUCUGACGCUCUAUGACACAGAGUACAAGAUUCCAGUGUUUUCUGCUUUAAAGUACACAGGGGCAAAACACAAGGAAACCUCUGAUAUCCCUUGGAAGAUAGAGCCCCAGCUUGAAAACGGAAAAGACAAGAACAUGUGUGAUGUAGACCAAGACAAGACUUACACCAACCAGGCUGGGGACAAAGAUUACAGAAACAACAAAAGGUUUGACAGGGGCCAGUUGAUUCGAAGCUCUCACGGGUCCCAGAUAUCUGACAAAAACUCCACCUUUACCCUGACCAACAUCGUUCCACAAGCAAAAUCAUUUAACCAGAAAAGCUGGAAAAGAAUCGAGAAGCGCGCCAAACAUGUUGUGGACGAUUACUGCACAGACAACAAUGGUGUUACUGAAGCCUAUGUGGUUACUGGAGCAAUACCAAACGACAACAACAACAAACUCAACAACAGGGUUAAUAUUCCCUCCAAGCUCUGGUCAGCAUUCUGCUGCUACAGCCCCAAAGUGAAGAUACUGAUCACAAUGGCAUACUGGGCCGACAAUUCUCCUGAAACCAAAUAUGUGCCCACUAACACUCUGGCAGAACUCAAACAAGAACUGGGGAUAGAUGUGUUUCCUGAAACAAAAUGUCCUGUUUCUUAGUUUUUCACAAACAAUCCCAAUUGCCCAUGUCGCUCUACCUCACUUAUUUGCCUCCCAUUUAACAUCUGCCCCUGUCACUACAACAUCUGGUCCACUAUAUCUAGGACAGCCACAUCUACACCUGUUGGGGUUCUACCUGUAUGAGGAAAAUAUACAACUCUAGUGAAACAUUGGGAAAUUCGAACAAAGCCUUCAAUCCGUGAUUUUAUAGUUAUGUUUAAGAUUCAAGGAAAUUAGUCAGCAGCUAACAUGUAGGCUAG